AUGCCCUUUGCAGCCUCCCUGGCUGAGCUCCAAGCCGAGGCCAGCUGCCCCAUCUGCCUGGAUUACCUGAGAGACCCAGUGACCACUGACUGUGGGCACAACUUCUGUGGCUCCUGCAUCCACCAGCGCUGGGAAGACCUACAGGACAUCCUCCCCUGUCCCGUCUGCUUCCACCACUGUCCUGACAGGAACUUCAAGAGGAACGUGCAGUUAGGUCAUGUGACCGAUUUGGUCCAGCAGCUUCCCGCCAGGAGGAGCAAGAGGAGACUGCAGGAAGGGAAAGCCCUGUGUGAGCAGCACGGUCAGCCUCUGACCCUGUUCUGUGAGAAGGACCUGGAGCUGCUGUGUCCCCGGUGCAAGGUCUCCUCCGGCCACCGGGGCCACCCCCUGACACCCAUCGAGGGAGCUGCGGCUGACCACAGGAAGAAGCUCAAAAGCUACAUGGAGCCCUUGAAGAAGCAGCUUGAAGACACUGAAAAGGGAAAUUCACCAGUUGAUUGA